GGGACCCAGCAGAGAUUAGCAAAGCCUGUAAGUCAUCACAUUCCAUCAGAAACAUCCAGAUGAAACCAGAUGAAAAAGCACUUCAACAUUUCUGCUACACAACUGCUGGGACUGCUGACCUCUGAAACACAGCAAGAGAUCACAUCUGAAAUAUGGCUCAGAGCGACUUUCUCUACCCAGAGAACCCAAGGAGGCGGGAAGAAGUAAACCAUCUUCACCAACAGCUCCUUGACUGCUUAUCUGACAGUUUCCAUGCCACCAAUGAGCUGAUUGGAGUUUUAAAUACACAUUUGGGGUGCAGGCUGGCUUCCAUUGAGAUGAAAAGAAAUGGGACCAUCAAAGAAAACUGUGAUAUCAUCAUCCAAGCCGUGAUGAAAAUCCAAAAUGAAUUGCAAAAGGUUGAUGAAGCACUAAAAGAUAAACUAGAGCCAACCCUUUAUAGAAAACUUCAGGAUAUUAAGGAAAAGGAAACAGAGAAAAUUGCAAUCGUACAAAAGGUUAUUUCAGUCAUCCUGGGAGAAGCUACUUCUGCAGCCAGUGCAGUGGCUGUUAAACUUGUGGGUUCAAAUGUCACAACUGGCAUAAUUAACAAGUUGGUCACUGUGUUGGCUCAAAUUGGUGCUUCUCUCCUUGGUAGUAUAGGAGUUGCUGUUCUUGGCCUUGGCAUAGAUAUGAUCUUCCGUGCCAUCCUGGGAGCAGUGGAGAAAACACAGCUACAAGCAGCCAUCAAAAGUUAUGAGAAGCAUCUGGUGGAAUUCAAGUCAGCCUCAGAAAAAUAUCAUCAUGCCAUUACUGAGGUCACCAACACAGUGAAACACCAAAUAAAAUAAACAGCCACCUUAUUUGCCACUGGAAUAUUUUCUGCUUCUCUUUCAAAGAUAGUGUUUGGUUUCUUGGAUUAGGUUCAUUUUCCAUAAGCUUCCAUCAUAGACAUACAGUAAAAAAAUUGGAAAGAGAAAUUAGAGAUGCUAAAACUAGAUGACUCUUGAGUUUUGCAUCAUCAAUGAACGCCUGGAUCAGCUGGUGCUAGACUAUGUCAGUUAUCCCAGGAUGUCUUCUUACUCUGCUCUCCAGGUCAAUAUUAGGGUACAGUCAUCCCUCGCCACUCCACAUUUUGACUUUUUGUGGCUUCACUCUAUCACGGUUUUUUCAAAUACUAUACUAUAUGUACUUCGUAAUUUCUACCUAGACACAAAAACCCUGGGUCUUUGAAUGGAAUAGAAACACUACCAUAAUUUCGACCAUCCAUUUUAAAUCCAAUAUUCUGUAAACUGGAAAAGACUGAAAUAUGGUUUGUAAUAAUUUACUACAGUGAUGAAAGG